AUGUCUAGCCGAACUUGGCACGAAUGUUUCUCUUCUGCUUUUGAAAGUGAUAUCGUAUCUUUGACAAAAGAAAAUAAAGUUUCUACUUAUCGUACCGAGCAUUUUCAAGCUGAAUCCAAUAAUAAAUUUACAGUAUUUAAAUCUGAAUCGCAUAAUCAUGAUCAACGUAAUAAUACAACUCGUCUCAAAUCGCCUAUUCGUGAUACUGUUCGCCAAAUGUCGGAUAAAGGUAUGACACAAACACAAAUCAGAAAAGCUGUUUCAGUAAUUCAUCCAAGUUUAACCGUAGACGCAAAAAUUAAAAAUAUUGUUCAGUAUAGUCGUUUAAAAACUCGUAAAAAUAAAUUGCAUGAUGUAUUUGUGCCAUAUUAUGAAGCUAUUGAUAUUAAUCAUAGAUUUAUUUGUAUUACUAGACGUCAGUUAUUAUCUGCAUAUUUAAAUCGUCAUUUUCAACCAUUAGGAUUAUGGUUAAUAUCAACAGAUGAAUCAGCAGAUACAUUUAAAACUUUAUUUCGUGUAUUAAAAUCAUGUAUACCACUAAUCAUUCAACAACCAUAUGAUAUUACUCAUGUUAUGGCUGAUGGUACUGGUGGCAUUACCAGUGCCAUGUGUGAGUUACCACAAGCACGUCGACUUAGGUGUUGGGCACACGUAAUCCAUAAGAGUCGUGAACAUCGAAAAUUGGUAUUAGAUAAAGAAAAAUGGUUGGCUAUUGAAAAAGAUAUCGUCAAUUUACAAUUAGUUUUAAUGAUCAUUUAUUUGUGGUUAUUAUCAUUACCAUUUUGGUAUGAAGGUAGUGCAAAUCUUAGUCCAUCUACUAAUAACGGUCUUGAAUCGUUGAAUCGUAAAAUCAAACAAAUGUACGCAUUACGUAACAAAUUGUCAUUGUCAUCAUUCUUACAAACAGCUGAAUAUAUGUUGUAUGACUGCUCAUUAGCUAGCGCGAAUACACCAUUUGCUAUUCAAAUUGAAUUUACUGAUGAUUUGGCAGUUAGGGCAUACCAAUGGUUACAAAAACUUGAUCGAGCAAAAGUAUUACAUUUAGGUGCAGCUAGUUAUGUUGUACCUUCUUCUGAACAAAAAAUGGGUACAUCAUUAUCAUAG